AUGAUUCUGAUAGCUGCGGUUGCGAGUGGUGUAAAGUCGUCACUGGCACCUAUUCGUGCGAUUAAGCAUUUGGACAAUAACGGGAAUCCAAUUGCCGAUCCUGAUCGCUCGAAUCCUACACGAAGCCGAUGGGAGAGACCUCUCGAUACCAUUCGAUCGUUCGAAGCUGCCAUUGAUGGCAACUACUCUCGUAAAUCAUACAUGCGCACAGAGUCAGGCGACGGUCAAUCAAACUACAAUCGCCGCAGCAGUUAUUAUGGAGGGACUCAAGUGACAACAGAUGAAAGACCUAGAAUGCCUCAAAAUAGCUAUUAUGGAGGGCGGUCGCAGUCAUACAGGCCUGAGAGUUAUGCUCAGAGACCAGACAGCUACUACAACGGACCCGAAAAUGCUGGCCCAGGAAAUGGCUACUAUUCUAAUAGAGCUCGUUACCCUCGAACAGCGUCCGAGCCGCACUUCAAUCAUCCAGGAGUGUAUCCUGCACCUGGAAAUCAGCAGUCGUACGAAACGGUGAACACGGCAUCUGGUAGUGGAAGCUCGGGAGAUCCCGCUGGUUAUUCGACAGACCCAAGCAGUGAGAACAGUUCUGUUGAUCGGAUUGCUCCUCUUCCUGCCAAAGAGCCAGGUGAAACCUACGGAUUUAGCGGAUUUGGAAACAACCCGCAAUAUGCACCUCCUGGGAGCGGCCUGCAAGAACAGUAUGUAGCCAACCCUGCCAAUGGCGCCCAGAGGCAGGGAAAUGGUUAUCAGAAUCAAGGUCCUCCACCAGUUCCCCAGAAGGAGAGCGCCUCUAGAGUACCAAUCAAGCUUGGUGCUAGUAGUGGUAAUGCUGGACCACAAAACGUGCCUCAACGACCUUCCCCGGGCGAAAAGCGGAAGUCAUGGUUCGGAAAACGUUUCAGCAAGUCGUAA